GGAAGAGUAGGCGUAAGCAGAUAGAUUUCAAAGGAGUAGCGCUCGUCAAUGCUCUACUAUCUAUGAGACUUCAGUACUCAAAACAAGGUAAGAUGGCCUAUGACAAUCCCCCGGCACCUCGGAGGAUCACAAAGCCACAGUACGAGAAGAUGAACCUAGAAGCUCUGCAAUGCAUCAACUUUGCAACACUUUGCAACCAAGGACAAGCUAAGCGUGACUGCGAUCGAGCGUAUACUGCUUGUCAGCAGAGUACAGUGAUUUCCCUGCCGAAAGAGGUCAGCAUUGACAUGUACGACGUGAGAGAGGUGUGUCAGAAUCAAGUGCCGGAUCACUGCCGACCGUAUGCUGAUGUCGAGAGGUUCCUCAACAAGCCGGAAGUUAAGAAGAGUUUCGGAGUAGACCCGGCAUUUGACUAUAAGCGCUACAACCCGAAGGUAGACGAGGCUAUACGGCGCAGUCCCGGAUUCUACGCGGACUCCUAUCAAACUCUAGGUCCAUUGAUGGACAACAACGCUCUGAAAGUUACUGGAUACUAUCUGGUCUCUCGGUUAUCAGUCAAUGGUAGCACAACGACAUUCACCCUCGCAAGAUUGCAUCCACAUGCCUUUAUAUUGGCGUGGUCCUAGCUUUAAUAGUGAUUCGGUUUGGUAAACAUUUUCACCGAACAGAUAGUCGGUGAAUAUGUCAACCAUCUAAACCGGAAUGUUCGUCUUAGCUUCUCGUGGUAACUGGUGACUAUGGUUACGCGUAUCCGUGGACGGCUUCGAAAGAGUGGCUUCUGAAUGUCAAGUUUAGUCAACAAGAAGCCUUCAAGAAUACGAAGGAUGCUGACUUGAAAACGAGUCAGACAACCGUCAUUGGGCAGAUCAGAUUCUUGAAGCUACCGCAUAAGGCCAGGAUAAUCUUUGUUAGGGUGUACGGAGCCGGGCAGGACGUGACUGUGAAGAGAGCUUUGCCGCUUCUGAGAAUCUUGAACUUCUUCGUAUUUGAUAAUUUCCCAGUUUGAAUCCCAUUACUAAUGUAACAAAUUAUUGGUGUCACCAUUCUUGUGUAGCUUCUGCUGUCAUCUUUGGUCACGUUGGUUGACUACAUAGCC